AUUGAAAAUAAAUACAUCAAACCAAAAACGGCUCAGAAUUUUGUGAAAGGAGAGGGAAAGAUGGUGAAUUUGGAUUGAUAUAUAUUUAAAAGCUGUAACAGGGUUGAGAGGAGCAUUUUGCUAAGCUGUCUGCGAGUUGUGAGCAAUCUGAAGACAGCCUAUUAAGAAGGUGCAAAACCCAGUGCCAAAUCUGGCCGCGAAGAGGAGUUGUUACCUAUCCCUCUGGCCACGUUUCUUUCUCUGGUGACUGUGUGCAAGAAAACAAACUGAGCUAUGAGUCCAUAAAUGUUUUGAUAAACCAGAUGGAUCCCUUGCAAGGCCGUCUGAUUUUAUUUGGUUUUAUUUCCACAUUUCUUUUACAGCCAAUUGCUAUUGCAUGUCUAAUGGAGUGGUACUGCUACUAUCUGCAUUGAUAAUUGUCUUUCCCUGCACAUUGACUGGCAUGUUGGCAGAUGAUCGAUGGCCUCAGGCUGCUAUGUAAAAGUCCCAACAGUGGCAAUGCUUGCAGGACUAUAGCAGAUGCUUAGACGUUGCUAGCAUGGGGUGCUGUGUUAACGUUAGACUGCAACGCAUACAAAUGUAAGUGCCAUUGAUUUCACUGAGAUGACUGGCCUGUAGUCAUCACUCAGAUUUGAAUGUUUCAUAAUAUUACAUCAAGCACUUCCCUUAUCCCACUUGUAGCCAUUUCCUUGCAAUGUGGAGUGCUGGCCUGUGCAGCACUUGCAGAACGAUAUUUUAUGUGAAUAUUUGUUUUCCGUAACUAUAUAAAGAGAUAUCUGUCUAGAUGUAUAAUAAACACCCCAUAAAACAGCUUGACUUUGCAUGGAGAUUUGCAGCUGUGUUUACGUGGCCUGACACAGCAAUAUCCAUACAUCAUCCCUUCCUCAAGGAAGUCUUGUUUCUCUUUUAUGUCUUCUUGCCUUUUAAAGACUCUGAGUGAGAAUUUACUUUACUUCCACAUGACCAAAGUUUACCAUCACCACAUUGCAUCUGCUUCUUAGCAGAUGUUAUGGAAAAAUGACAGCAUAAUAAAAUGUCAUGCUAACUUGAUCCAAGUGCACUUGGAAGAGGUAUACUUGAACUUCAGCACCGCUGGUGGGAAUGUGACUUGAAUUAAUGAACAUCUAGGUCAGGUUUAGACCUCAUUUUCCUCACACCAGUAGGCUGCUAAUCUCACAGUCAUCUUGGCUGGAACCAUGCUUAUACAAGAUCAUUAACAUGCUCUUCCCCAAACCUUUCCAAAGAUGCUAACAGAUUAACAAAAGCAUUGUUCUUUUGUGCUUUCCCUGGUUACCAAGGAACAGAUUCUGUAAAAUUUAUCAGUAGAAAGUAAUUCUCUGUCUCUGCAGGUGGCUUGAUGUUAAAGGCACAGAGCUUAGACCUUGCAAAGGGAUUCCCACCUUCUAAUUUGAUUAGCAAGUAUUUGACUUGCUAGGGUUUUCUGAAUGCACUCCAGGAACUUGGCUAGGCAGAUCUUACUUGUUACUCUGUCCUGCUGUCUCGUGUGAGGUCUAAGUGGGGUUUAAUUUUUCUUUCUAGAAAUCACACAGAGCCCAUGAUGCCUGUCAUUGUAGUAAUCUCUAGAAAUAACACAAUAUAGAAAUAACAUAGUUUUAUUUAAAAUUAUUGGACCACACAUAUGUGUGUGUAUGCAUGCACAUACACAGAAACACACACACAUGAGCACACAAACACACUGUUCUAAUACUGGAAGGUUCCUGUAGGUGGUAGGAAACUCCACAGUUAAGUUUACUGCUCAUUAUUACAAUUUGCAUUGCAGUAGCAGUUCGGUAGAAGCUCUCAUCUGCUUGUGCUGGGCAAUUUAUACACUCAGUGCCCUAAACAACUCUUCUCCAAAGAGCUGGUGUGGGAUUUCCUUAACAGUGAUUUUGGAAGGUCCGCUUAUUUCCGCUUUGUUUUUAGAAAGUAGUUCUGCUCCCUAUUUUCAGGGUUGCACUGCAGCAGAAGCGACACAUGGUCUGAGGGAGGAACACCAGCAUAGGCUUGCUGGGCCUACAGCUCCUUUUUCCUCUUUUGGCAGCUUGUCUCUGCUUGGAUUUCAGUUGUCUGGAGGUCAAUGACUUCAGUUUCACUGCACAUCUCUUUGAGAUGAUCCUAGAGAGGGCAACAUGAGCCACAAAAGAGGAUUUACUGCUGGUUUAACCAGUGAUCAUUGCCGGAAAAUCUACAUGGAGCGUGUUACAGAGAGCAGGUUCUGUACUCCACUUCCUAGCCACCGCCCCUGCGAGCUGUGAAACUCUGGGUCACACACAUAGGGCUCACAGAGGACCUUUCACUGCAAGGAUCCAUCUCUCCUUAGCUGGCUUCCUGUCCUUGGGUCUGUGAUACUGAAAGAUUCAAAUCAGAGGUUUUACUGCAGUCUUCCUAACCGUUGCCCUUCACUGGUGUGAGAAGCAGGUGCGGAAAGAGGAAAGCUGCUCCCCAGAUUUUGGACCCUGUGGUGAAACUCAUUGCAAGGCACGGGGUGUUGGCCUGCGCGGGCCGCAAUGGAGACGCUGUCGCAGGACUCUCUGCUGGAGUGUCAGAUCUGUUUCAAUUAUUACAGCCCCCGCCGGCGGCCCAAGUUGCUGGACUGCAAGCACACCUGCUGCUCUGUGUGCCUGCAGCAGAUGAGGACGAGCCAGAAGGACCUGCGAUGUCCCUGGUGCCGCGGGAUCACGAAGCUGCCGCCGGGGUAUUCUGUGUCGCAGCUGCCUGAUGACCCCGAGGUCAUUGCUGUGAUUGCAAUCCCCCACACCUCAGAGCACACGCCGGUCUUCAUCAAACUCCCGAGCAACGGGUGCUACAUGUUGCCCUUGCCCCUCUCCAAGGAGAGAGCGCUCUUACCAGGAGACAUUGGCUGCCGCCUCCUGCCUGGCAGCCAGCAGAAGUCCCUGACGGUGGUGACAAUCCCAGCGGAGCAGCAGCCCCUGCAGGGUGGCAUCCCCCCCGAGGUCGGAGCCGAGGAGCAAGACCGGAGAGGUGUCGUGAAGAGCUCCACCUGGUCAGGAGUGUGCACUGUGAUCCUGGUGGCCUGUGUCUUGGUCUUUCUCCUGGGCAUUGUCCUCCACAACAUGUCGUGCAUUUCCAAGCGCUUCACGGUGAUUUCAUGCGGCUGAGGAGGGGCUGUUCUUGGAGUACUCUUGCGGGCUAAUCCAGGGGUUGGGAAGGUGAUGGUGGUGGGAUCAAGUGAGACAAUUUGCUGCAACUUUGACCAAUUUCUACAGACAGCUUGACACAUGGACAGCUGUUUGUUAGUCCAGUCGCAAUCCUAAAAGGUGGAACGUGAGGCCUCUCAGCAACGUGCAGAGAAAAUCGUGGCGAGUGUCUGAUGGUAACAGCACUGAGGAGGACUGCAUGCGUCACCAUAAUCAUUUAUCAAAGGGACUGUAACUUACAAUGAUUUUUGUCAUGUUAUGAGAUUAAAGGCAUCUAUGUAGCUGGUUAUACUGUAAAGUGUAUGGUAUGAGCUCUUCUCUAAACACAGUAGAUUAAAAUCAAAAUUGCUCUAUGUAGAAUUAAGAGAGAGAAUUGGUGUGUGACUCAGUAAAAAGUGUUCGUUACCAAUCCACAAAUGUUAUUUUUUAAUGGGGGGGAGGGAGACUUGUAAAAAUAAGAAAUCAUUUAGUUGGUAAGGCAUUUUAUAUGUUUUAAACUGCACAUUAAUUAGACUAAGUUAGAAAGUUGUACAAUAGUUUUUAAAAGGAAAUAUUUUACAGGCAAUCAUUUUGUGCUGUGGUGUGUUUUUUGCCUUUCUCUGUUUCUCUGUCUUCUUUUUUUUCUCUUUUUUUCUCACCUAUAGGGAAGUGGCACUUCCAAAUUGUUUUAUCUGAUGGAGGAUCCAAGCAGGGAAGCAAAGAGAGCUAGGAGGAAUACCUAAAAACGCAGCCAAAACUUUGCUGCCUGACCAGCUUCACAUGAAGGAUGGCUUUGAAUGGUAAACAUCGGACAUGCGGUUUGACCUCUGAUCCGUGAGCAGGCCUUCCCGAGCAUCUGGCCUUCAUAGGGAUUAGUGAAGACAUAGGUCAUGGGAGGUCCUAGGAUUUCUUCCUGCAAGGACAUGAUAGCAAAUUGUUCUUCGUUUUCUUUUUUCCUAGAGGUCGGUUUUGUUUUAAGAACUUCAGACCUGUUUUACCUCCCUUUCUUCUAGGAGGUGCAACUAUGUACUCAUGGAUGGUGUAAAAGAGAGGUUACCCUGAGGAAGCCUCACCGUCUGGACUGAGACCAAGGUCCGUUCUGUGCUAUCAGUUAAUAACAGGCAGUGACAGAGCUGGGGGCAGAGCCCAGGCCAGCCUAAGCCUCCUCUUGGGUUGUGCUACCCCUUCUAAAUCACUGUGGCUGUCCUGGUGUUAAAUCGUGUACAUGAGCAUAACUAAGCCCUUUCCACAUUUCAGUGAUGUAAAUAUUGGGAUGUAUGGACAGAUAUGCACAUAAGGACAGAUGUGAAAAAGGGCAGCAAAAUAUUAUCUUCCACCUGUGAAUGCCAAUAAGCCCCCAGAAAUUUGCAGUUCAUUGCUUGGAAAGAGCCAAAUUCCUGUACUUUCUCUUCAUUUCAGUAGCGCCUUGCACCAUAAGCAGUCCCGCUAUCUUUAGUAGGGCUGCUCAUGAAGUAAAGUAGAGCUUAAUGUGAAUUUGGGUAUUUGGCAAGCCUGAAAGCUUAAAUUUGUGAGAUUUAAGGAUCAGAUCAAGGGGCACAUGACACAUCUUUUAAUGAGGCAGAAAAAGAUUGAUUUGCACUGGCUCUUUUUGCAGGUACAAAGUGUGAACAGUUGCUUAAGCAUAACCUCCCUGAAGAAGGUUCUCUUGUCUGCUACUAGCGCUCUUUCUAAAUUAAUUUGAGAUUGCUCAAUGCCAUGUUAUAACACUAGGAAACAAUUUUUACAAUACAGUGCCCAAGUUAGUCCUGUAGAAGCAGUUGGUGGUUUUGCGAUUAUGUCAGAAAAUCAAAUUUGUGGUUCCCAGUAAAUGUUAUUCUCAAGUAGGACUUUCCUGUUGAGAACAUACCUCUUCCUUACUGCUAGAUUUCUUCCCCUCCCUCUCUGAAACCACCAUUUUCUUCCUGUUUUCUGUUAACGGAAGAAUAGCAUAUAUGGUGCUUAAUCAUUAUGGCGGUAUGUAACAUCAUGUAUGGAGAGGAAAUUAAGUAUAUUUUGCUGAUUUUUAUCUACUGUCAUUUGUAUGCAUAGCACAGCAAAAAAAAAAAAAAAA